AUGAACAAUCCAGAAUUGGUCGCCGGCAUCUCCCGGGAGAAUAUCUUCGCUCUUGAAGGAACAAUAGCUGAUUUCCUGGAUUACCUCCUCGUUCAAUGCUCUGACUCCGAACUCAGUUACCAUAAUAUGCUAGUCCUUCGGACGCUCUGUGUCCUCACCUGGCGCGAAGCGUUUACUCAACCCACAGCCAAGAUACUGGCUGACGUAAUCGCUCGUCUGCUGGUUGAGAAACUGAGUGUCCGUACUCUCCGUGGCCUCCUCACACAUCUUGCUGCAUCUGCGACUGACGUUGCACUGAUCAUUGCUACUGUCCUCCGUCUUACAAGCCACACACUCCAACUAGAACCGGAACUAUGGGAUACGGAUGGCAAUGUCGACACCGUAGAAUAUCGCGGAAGUGUAGCCGCUAGUAAGGCUGUGUUAGUCGAGGGAAAGCCCUCUAUUUCCCUGGCAGGGUCAGUCUCAGCGGUAGCUCAGGGCCUCAAAUUUUAG